AUGAACGCUUCAUCAGCUCCCGCGUCUAAGCCAACAACCAAACCAUCGACAUCAACCUCCACACACCCACACCAGACGUCUUCGAGUGCUAUGAAGUCAAGGUCCAGGAAGUCGACCAAGCGCACCGUUCACAACACAACGCCGACUACCGGUGCCGAUAUUCUCAAGAGAAUCCAAGACAGAAAGGCUGCGGCAAACAGACCUAAGCCGGCCCCGGCACCCUCUCUCAACCCUCAACGUACCGCCGAGCCGGCAAAGGCUGCGGCCAGGACCCCUGCCACGGCCCCCAAGACCAGCGCUCCUGCCGUUCAGAAGCCUGCUCAGCCAGUCGGCAUUCCGGCUCCCAGACCUCUCCGGGAGUACCAAAGCCCGGCACCUGCCCAGGCACCCAAGAAGAAGACGUAUCACCCCAACGCCCUCGUACCCACAGAAGAGCUCGAGGGCAAGCGUACACAGUCCGAGACCCCCAAGAAGAAGACUUACCACCCCAAUGCUUUGGUUCCGACGCACGAGAUCGAAGCCAAGAAGCAGCUGGGACGUACGGGACAAAAGGGAGGCCUUGGCCAAGUCACCGACGGUGUCGGCAGGACUGUGGGAGGAGUGGGCAAGGCCGUGGGAGGAGUUACCGAUACGGCCGGCAGAACCGUUGGCGGAGUUGGCAAGACUGCCGGAGGCGUCGUCGACGGCGCCGGCAAGACCGUCGGUGGUGUUGUCAACGGAGCUGGUAAGACUGUUGGCGGAGUUGCUGAUGGAGUUGGCAAAACCGUUGGAGUUGAUGGCCUCGGCAAGACUGUCGGAGGCGCCACGAAUGGUGUGUCGAACACCCUUGGAGCUGCUACCGGCGGACUCGGCAAGACCCUGGGUGACACAACUGGGGCGCUUGGAAAGGGUGAUGUCUUGGGUACUGUCGGUGGUGCCACCAAGGGCGUUGGCGAUACGGUGGGUGGUGUCGGCAAGGGAUUGGGCGACACCGUUGGCGGCACUGUUGGUGGCCUCGGAGACACAGUAGGCGGACCUCUUGGUGGUGUGGUAGGCGGUGUUGGCAAGGGUGCUGGCGAUGCCGUUACCGGUAUCACUGGAGGCUUGGGUAAGGGUGUUGGUAAGGUUGGCCAGGGAGAUGUCCUCGGCGGCGUUGGUGAUGUCGUUGGCGGCGUUGGAGAUGGUGUUGGUGGUCUUCUUGGUGGCGUCCUUGGUGGUCUUGGAGGCCAAGGAGGUAAAGGAGGCAAGGAAGGCGGCGGUGGUGGACUCCUCGGCGGAGGUGGAGAUGGCGGCCUGCUCGGCGGAGUCUUGGGCGGUGGCGGUAAAGAUGGCGGUGGUGGGCUUCUUGGAGGAGGAGGUGAAGGAGGUGGUGGCCUGUUGGGAGGUGUUCUUGGAGGUGGUGGUAAAGAUGGAGGUGGUGGACUACUUGGUGGGGGUGGUAAAGGAGGUGGCCUUCUUGGACUUUAA